GAAUCUACAUCUCUCCAUACCUGCUUCACAGACUCAAGUAGAUCGCAGCCUACUGGGUGUCUACAUCACAUUUUCCGCAGCAGGUGGACUGUACUUGUAAGAAACAUUUGUACAAGGCGGAAGACCACGAUUCUCAUCUUCUAAAACUCAUCAUUUAUACUGUCAAGAUGUUGAUAAAACUACGGCUAAGCACCUUUUUCCCCAUUGCCGCACUAUUACUCUUCAUUUUGUUUUGUGUCCAGAUGAAUAACAAUAACUACUAUGAUAACUUAAAUAGCUACAGUGAAAAUGUGACGGAAGAGGAGAUUGUGUAUAAGAGAGUUAUAAGGAAUUGGCCAAAAUGUGAACAAAACAAGUCUGCAGUUAUCAUACAAGGCUUUAGCAGUCUCCCAGAGCACAUUCAAAACUUCCUUUACUAUCGCCAUUGUCGGCACUUCCCCAUGCUCCUGGAUAUUCCUGGCAAAUGUGGCGGACCUGAAAAAUCCUCUGAAGUUUUUCUCUUGUUGGUGAUCAAAAGCUCACCUGGGAAUUACGAUCGGAGAGAGGUGCUACGCAAAACAUGGGCCAAAGAGAGGCAGCACGACGGUUUAUGGAUACGAAGAGUGUUUAUUUCUGGUACAUCAGGGAGUGGUAAAGACAAACUGAAAUUAAACAAGCUUCUAAGAGCGGAGCAAAAGGAGAACAGUGAUAUCCUGCAGUGGAAUUUCGAAGAGUCCUUUUUUAACCUGACUUUGAAACAGAUUUUGUUUUUGGAAUGGAUGGAGAAAAAUUGCCCCAAAGUCCGCUUCCUGCUUAAUGGUGAUGAUGACGUCUUCGCCAACACAGACGGCAUGGUUGAGUAUCUCCGAGACAUCCCUGGAAAUAACGGGAGCAGUCAUCUUUACACUGGGUUUGUUUUUGAAAAUACUGGACCAGUUCGAGAUAAAAGAAGCAAAUACUACAUUCCAGAGCAGAUCCAAAAGUCUGCUAAAUACGAACCUUACUGCGGAGGAGGAGGCUACUUACUUUCAGGUUACACAACUAUGAUCAUUUACAACAUGUCCAAGUCCAUUGAAGUUCACCCUAUUGACGAUGUGUAUAUUGGUAUGUGUGUUGUGAAGGCGGGGUAUUUGCCUACACAUCACAUAGGGGUGAAAACACUAGGAUUGGUGAUAUCAAACAACCAGAAACUAGAUGAACAAGAGCCCUGCCACCUUAAAGGCCUGCUGCUGGUGCACAGAUUUUUACCUGCUCAAAUGUUCCUCAUGUGGCACAAAAUAAAUGACCCUCAACUCAGAUGCGGCGUGCAGUUUUGGGAAGACAUUUAAAAAGUGAGAAAUUAGAAUUUAAAGGGCCUAUAUUACACUGUUUUUGAUCUAUGUUGUAAUGUUGUUCCCUCAUCAAAAACAUACCUGGAGUUGUGUUUUGUUUCAUUCACUCAACACACAAAUCCUGCAUAUUUAGGCUGAGUUCUUCUCUCAAACACUCUGAUCCACUUUGUGAUGUCAUGUGGUAACACAGGAGCUGCUCCAGUGUGCUUUUAAACAUACAGCCUCACUAGAAUACUUUGGAUAAUGUCAGCCCUGGAAUUUCUGAUCUCUACUUAACAAAAGGUAAAAGGUAACUGUUAACUUGAAAAGUACCACUUCAUGACAUAACAAGGUGGAACGGAGCAAUAGAGACAAACUAAUGCUAAAGGGUUACUCAAACAUGUGGGAAUGAAACAAAACACAUCUCCAGGUAUGUUUUCAAGGAGGUAACAGCAUUAUAAUAUGGCUUAAAACUCACAAGUGUACGCUUUUCCAUAAUAUAGGCCCAUUAACAAUUUAAAAUUGAAUAUUAUACUUGAAACAGGAAAACUCCUCAGAAUGUUCCACAUAACCGAAAGCUGAAUCUCACAAACAGGAAGAAUUUUUAAAUCUUUGGACCGUGAAAGAACAGAAGCACUUUGCUGUUUACAGUAUAAUCAGUGGAUGCAAUUGUCGUCUUACUAUAUGCCUUACUUUUAUGUGUGGGUGUGUCAUGUUGUCCACCAACUGUCCUCUACAGCACUUCCCCAUUGUCACUCUAAUGUGUUUCCAGUAUGAUCAGUUUACCUUUGAUAAUAAUCAGAAUAAUCCCAGGGUUUCUUCAACGGUCUAUAUUAUGUUUUUUUGUUGUUUGUUGUUUUGUAUGUUAUAAUGCUGUUUCCUCAUCAAAACAGUACCUGAAGUAGUCUUUUGUUUCAUGAACAUAUUAAGCACAGAAACAGAAACCAUUCUAUUCCACCUUGUGAUGCUAUGUGGUAAUACUGGAAGUGCCACACUGUGGUGUUAAACUCUAUACACUUCAUUAGACUCAUUUGGAUCAUUUCAGCGAUGGAUGGAACAAAACAUUUUGAGCUUUGGAGAUGUAGAUAGACUAAUAAUAAAGGGUUACUCAAGCAUGUGUGAAUGAAGUAAAACACAACUCCAAGUAUGCUUUUGAUGAGAUAACAUUAUAACAUGGCUUAAAGCUCAUAAGAGUCAAUUUUGAAUAAUAUAGGACCUUUAAAUCUAACAAUAAAUCCUAUGAAUAUUUUGAAGUUAGACAGAUCUGUUACAUGCUUGUAUAUUGCAGUUGUUAGUUGCUGUUGUAGACACUGGAGAAUGUUGAAGUAAAGGCAUAGGUUCAAUAAGCAAAUUCUGAUACAAGACCAAGUGAGCUUCUACAGGAUUCAUUUUACAUUAGUUUUUAAGUAACUUUUUUUCCUCUUAACCAUAUUGUUUUUAGUUUGUGCACGGCUGUUCUGUGUACUGUGAAUACAGACUAUUUGUUGUGCUUAUAAUAGUAAUGUACUUUGAAUAUUUUGUAUUGAUACUAUUUAUUAACAUAUUUACAUUCUUGACAAUAAAAUUAAAUAAAAAUAAUAUAAAAGACAA